AUGGGAAUAUUAAAAGAACAAAAAUCUACUUCUCAAAAUAACGAUUUACAUUCAAAUAUUACGGGUAAUAACGAUGUUCCAGAAAACCACAUCUUUGUUGCGACCAUUAAUGAGCUUGAAAAUAAUGAAUUAAACUCUGAGACCAGUGAGACUACUCCUGUUCUGAAAUUGAUAGAACUGCCUGGCAUUGAGAAAGAUUUUGAAGCAGAUUGUAGAAAACCCUACGAAUAUGAAAAAAAAAAAAACUAUUUUGAAGAUUCUGAUGAUAGUAUACGAGAUCCGAUUUACGAAAAUUCAAGUGACGAUGAAGAGACAGAGACAAGGCCGAGAAAUACUAACAGCGGUGAUAAUAAAUAUCAAAAAGAAGUGACCACACCUAAAGGAAAAAAAAAAAGACGAAAACAGGAAGCAAAUUGGAAAAUUAAUGUACAAAAACAUAUAGUAACAAGUGGAGAAGAACACCCAGCAAAAAUCAAAAUAUUACGCGCCAAAGAAUUAGGAAAUCCAUGCAAGGAAGGAUGUUAUUUAAAAUGUUUCCAAAAUAUUAAUGCAGAAACAAGGUCAUCUAUAUAUUCUAUGUUUUGGAAUUCCUUAAACGACGUAAACCGCAAACGCCAAUAUGUUGCGUCACAUGUUAAAACAGAACUGAUUAUUCGAAGAAGAUCCAGAUCGGGUUUGCGCUGUGAUGCUAAAAACCACACAAGACAAUAUGAUUUUGAGUCACCGGAUAACGAUACAUGUGAUUCUUGUGACUCUUUCCUAAUUAAAAUACAUGAUGCCGAAUUUUCUGAAGAGAAAUCUAAAUUACAAGAAGAGUAUGACAAACACUUAGCUGAGGCCUCAAAAGGAUACGAUUUAAAGAGAAAAGAUAAGGAGUACUCUGGAACACAAAACAAUUACUAUUAUGGUUUGAGUUGA